AUGUUAAUUUCAGAUGCUGACCAAUGCCAGGAAUGCCAGGAGAAUCUGUAUCCAAAUGAAAAGCAAGACCGAUGCGUCCCCAGAAGCAUCACUUUCUUAUCCUAUGGAGAACCGCUGGGAGCAGCCUUGACUUUCACGGUCUUUCUAUCUUCCUUGACCACCAUCAUAGUGAUGGGGCUCUUUGUUCUGCACUGGGACACUCCCAUUGUCAAGGCCAACAACAGGAGCAUCACCUGCACCCUCCUGGCCUCUCUGCUGUCCGGCUUCCUUUGCUCUUUUCUGUUCAUUGGUCAGCCUGGGAAGGUCACCUGUCUUCUGCGGCAAACCGUGUUUGGCAUCACAUUUUCCAUCUCCAUUUCAUGUGUGUUGGCCAAAACCAUCACUGUGGUUCUGGUCUUCAUAGCCACAAAGCCAGGAAACAGAAUCAUGAAAUGGGCAGGGAAGAGGCUUGUGUCAAUUGUAAUAAUUCUCUGUUCUCUCAUUCAAACCGGCAUCUGUGCCAUCUGGAUAGCCACCUCUCCCCCCUUCCCAGAGCUUGACAUGCACUCCCAGAUCAGCCAGAUCACAGUGCAGUGCAACGAAGGCUCAGAAGUCAUGUUCUACACUGUCCUGGGCUACAUGGGUUUUCUGGCCAUCCUCAGCUUCACUGUGGCUUUCCUAGCAAGAAGGUUGCCUGAUAGUUUCAAUGAAGCCAAGCUGAUCACCUUCAGCAUGCUCAUGUUCUGCAGUGUUUGGGCGUCCUUUGUCCCAACAUAUCUGAGCACCAAAGGGAAAUUUAUGGUAGCUGUGGAGAUCUUCUCCAUCUUGGCCUCUAAUGCUGGGCUGUUGGGUUGCAUCUUCUUCCCCAAAUGCUACAUCAUUUUAUUGAGGCCUCAGCUGAACAACAGGAAGCAACUGUUUAGGAAACAAAGUGGCCAUUCUUAA